AUGCGGGUCAGGAUGAUCUCGGCCGCCUCCGUCCUCGUCCUGCUCUUCCUGCCCUCGGAGACCUGCUCGCCCCUGCAGUGGCCCCGGGGCCCGGCCCGCCGCCUGGCCCCGGCCCCCCAGCCCACCUGGGAGCCCUGGCCGGGAGCCGCGCGGCCCCCGCCGCCCGCCGCCGGCCCCCCAGCGCAGAGACUGCCCCGGCUGUGCCGGCCCCGCGGGGCAGAGCCCUCGGCGGCCCCCCGCGCCCGGGCCCCGCGGGCGCUGCACCCCGGCAAGCGGCGGGACGGCAAACCCAACUCGCUGGACCUCACCUUCCACCUGCUCCGCGAGUUCCUGGAGAUGUCCCGCGAGGAGAGACUGGCCCAGAAGGCGCUGAGCAAUAAGCUGCUGCUGCAGAGUAUAGGGAAGUGA